AUGGAUAAGUUUGUAUCCAAAUGGAAGAAGCCGGUUUCAUCUUCAUCAAGUAAUGUGGAUUUGAAUGAUAAAGAUAGUGGCAAAAGACAACGAGUAGAAGUGGAAUUGACGGAAGAUGACAUUGUUGGUGAUCCGGGAUUGCGAAAACCUAUUGAUGAUUAUCCUUUUGCUAUUAGAGAUGAAUUGAGGAGACGAUACUUGGCAAAAGGUCCCUUUCAACCACAUGAUCACAAUUUUCAGAAGUCUAAUUUUGGUAAGAAUAUGAGAUCAUUUCAAAAGGCAUGGUUUACGCAAUAUGAUUGGCUCGAAUAUAGUAUUCAAAAGGAUGCCGCUUUUUGUCAAGUAUGUUAUUUGUUUAAAAGGAUUAAUACUCGUUGUGGAGAUGAUGCUUUUACUGGUGUUGGUUUUAAAAAUUGGAAGAAUGCUUUAAAUAAAUUCAAGGAGCAUGAAGGGGGUUUAAACAGUCCACAUCGUAAUGCUAUGGUUCAGUGUUCGUCAUUUAGAGACCAAAGGCAUAAUGUGGAUUAUGUGUUAUCACAAAAGGGCACUCAAAUGGAGAUUGACUACCGCGUUCGGCUAACGGCGGUUGUGAAAGUUGUUCGAUUGCUUUUAGGGGAAGGUUUGCCAUUUCGUGGACAUGAUGAGUCAAAAGAUUCAAUACGAAAAGGUCAUUUUCUUGAAAUUUUGGAUUGGUAUUGUGAGGAGAAGGAAGAAGUGAAGAAGGUCAUGAACUUGAAUGCUCCCGGGAAUAAUCAGUUGACUUCUUCAAAAAUUCAGAAAGAAAUCAUCAAUGCUUGUGCUACAGAGGUGAGGAAAGUCAUUAUUAAUGAAAUUGGAGACAAGUUCUUUUCUAUUUUGAUCGAUGAAGCUCGGGAUAGUUCAAUAAGGGAGCAAAUGGCCGUCGUCGUGAGAUUCGUGAACGAUCGGGGAGAAGUGAUCGAGCGAUUUUUGGGAGUGGUCCACGUUAGUGACACCUCGGCACACUCUCUAAAAGGUGCAAUUGAUGAAUUUUUUGCAAGAAAUGGAUUGUCACUUUCUAGGCUUCGAGGUCAAGGUUACGACGGAGCUUCCAACAUGCGAGGUGAAUUCAAUGGUCUUAAAACUCUUAUUUUACAAGAACAUAAACACGCAUACUAUGUUCAUUGUUUUGCUCACCAACUUCAAUUAGUGGUUGUAGCAACUUCAAAAGAGAACACGUGUGUGAGUGAUUUUAUGGAUUAUCUUGUAAGGAUUGUGAAUCUUGUUGGAGCUUCAUGUAAAAGAAUGGAUGCUAUUCGACAAAAGCAUUACGAUGACCUUGUACAACGUAUUCAAAGUGGUGAGAUUUCUACGGGGACCGGCUUGAAUCAAGAAACAAGUUUAGCUCGACCGGGUGCUACGCGUUGGGGAUCUCACUAUAGGACAAUCAAGCGGAUGUUGGAAAUGUGGGAUGCGGUACAAGACGUUCUUGAUACUAUUGAGAGUGAAGCCACAGAUUUCCAAAGUCGAGGCGUUGCUAGAGGUUUGAUUGCUAAAUCAACAACUUUUGAAUUUGUAUUCAUUGCUUAUUUGUUGGUGACAAUAUUGGCAAAAACAAGCGUACUUUCGGCGGCCUUACAAGAAAAAAGUCAAAAUAUUGGUAAAGCCUUCGUUUUGAUUAGAACGUUGAAGGAAGAUUUGGGGAAGUUUAGGGAGGAUGGUUGGGAGGAAUUUCUUGAAACCGUCAAGGAAUUUUGUUCUCAAAAAGGCAUUUUGGUGCCUAAUAUGGAAGAUCAUUUACCGGGUCGGCCUAGAUCUAAAAGACGAGUGGAUGACCAACCAAAGACUUAUUUGCACUUUUUUCGACGAGACAUCUUUCUUCCGGUUGUUGAUCUUAUCUUACAAGAGAUGGCUAAUCGUUUUGGAGAGUUGAGUACGGAACUUAUUUCGUGCAUAGUCUGUCUUGAUCCUAGAGAUUCUUUCGCUAGCUUUGAUCGUGAAAGACUGCUUCGUCUCGCUCAAUUAUAUCCAAAUGAUUUUGAUGAUGAGUUCAAACUGAAAGAAGAAUUGAAUCACUACAUCUCGAUAGUCACAAUACAUGAGCGUGCAUUUUUCUCUGAUCUUCAAAGUAUUGGAAACCUUGCAAAAAGAAUGGUUGAGAGAAAGUGGCACACUGCUCUUAAGUUAGUUUAUCGGCUCAUUGAGUUGGCACUAGUUUUGCCCGUCGCAACUGCUACUGUUGAAAGAGCUUUCUCCUCGAUGAAGAUUAUCAAGAAUGAUUUGCGCAACAAAAUGGGAGAGGAUUUUUUGACGGAUAGCUUGGUGUGCUACAUUGAAAAGGAAAUCUUUAUCAAAAUUGAAAAUGAAGUCAUUUUGCAGAGAUUUCAGAACAUGGCGUCCCGAAGAUUUCAGUUACCGCGUGCCGAUCUUAUUAGUUCCCCCUUGGUUGGAAGCUAG